AGGACUUGAACCAUGCUUACCUUCCUCUAUGUCUUGGGUCUGCUGACGGUGUCUGCCUGCGGGGGACCUGAGGAUGUCGAAGCCGCCUACCCGCUGACAGAGGUUACGGAACUGACGCCGCUCGACCACACCAGCCUGACGGGAGCCCUGACGGCUGACGACGAGGAUGACGAAGCAGAGAGACUCGAGGACGAGGAGGACGAGGACGAGGAGGAGCCCUACUUCGAUGCCUCGAUGUCCCCGACCUACACCGCUUACCUGGGCAAGACGGCCACUCUUACCUGUAUAGUCCACGCCGCCAAGAGUGACAAGUCCGUGUCGUGGAUACGGGGCCGGGACUUGAGGAUCCUGACGGUGGGGCGAUACACCUAUACUACUGAUCUCAGGUUCGAAGCGCUUCAUCAGCAGGCGAGCACAGAGUGGACUCUCCGAGUCAAGUCCGUUCAGCUACGUGAUCAAGGGAAUUAUGAAUGUCAGAUCACCACCAAACCCAUCAGGACCUUCAACGUCUUCCUCAAGGUGGUAG